CUAUCGUCAACUCACUGAUAUCCGAGUUGACCCAGUCACGGUUAGGAGCCGAAUUUUUAUUCUAGUUUCGUUAGAUCAUAGUGCUCAUCGUUAGAUUUACUUUAAUUACUUUUCGUUGAUCAACAAUACAAAUCAUAAAAUAAAAUGGCCCGUAUAUUGGUCGGUGUAAAACGAGUAAUCGAUUAUGCAGUUAAGAUCCGUGUCAAGCCAGACAAAUCUGGAGUGGUCACAGAAGGUGUAAAACAUUCCAUGAAUCCGUUUGACGAGAUAGCAGUAGAGGAGGCUGUAAGAAUGAAGGAAAAGAAAUUAGCCUCCGAAAUUAUCGCUGUAUCUUGCGGGCCAGCCCAAGCACAAGAAACGCUAAGGACUGCCUUAGCCAUGGGUGCAGAUCGUGGGAUUCAUGUCGAAGUGUCUGGCGCUGAAUAUGAAACAUUGCAACCGAUCCAUGUAUCCAAAGUCCUCGCUAAACUUGCUCAGGAUGAAAAAGCUGACAUCGUAAUUGUCGGAAAACAGGCCAUUGAUGAUGACUGUAAUCAGACUGCCCAAAUGACUGCCGCUGUACUUGACUGGGCAGCAGGCACGUUUUGUAGCAAAGUGGAGCAUGGAUCUGGUCAGUUGGUUGUGACGCGUGAGAUUGAUGGUGGCUUGGAAGUAGUGGAGGUAAAGUUACCAGUAGUCCUAAGUGCAGAUCUACGUCUGAAUGAGCCACGCUAUGCAACCCUACCAAAUAUAAUGAAGGCAAAAAAAAAGCCAAUUAAAAAAGUGAGCAUGAAAGAUCUUGGUGUUGAUCCUGCGCCAAGAGUUGAAGUACUUUCUGUCGAAGAUCCACCAGUCAGACAGGCUGGUUCAAUCCUGCCAGAUGUAGAUGCAUUGGUGGCCAAGCUGAAGGAAGGAGGGCACAUUUAACAGCGUAAUGUACAGAAUCAUAGGUUUUUGGAGACUCCAUUAAUGAGUUGUAUAAUUAUGCGAAAUGAAUACUCCGAUAUUUUUAUAUUCAUUGAUGAAUUUAAUCAAGCAAUACUGAAAUGUAUGCUGAGAGUUGAUCAAUAAAUUUAUAUCAUGUUAAACCA